CGGAAAUGACCUCGAGUCGGUAAAUGGGCCUGCAGAUCCGCCGCGGUUCGAAAGCCAGGGGCAACUUUUAGAAUACGUUACCGACAUUGCAGUUUUACGAUGAAAGCUUAACAUCAAAGAGUUCGAAAAAAGCUCACGCGCAGUCUGGUGCCUCUGCUUGAGACGGGCUUGCUUAGCCCAGCCGUCACGGAAUCUGCGAGAUUGUAGAUUGAGGUCGCUGUUGGACCCGCUACCGCUAGGCGUGCCGGCUACAGCAUCUCUGCCGGAAAGCGGCGUGGUUGCUUACUGCAAGGCAUGGCGGAUGCGCCGCUUGGAUCGCUGGACCCCUUGAGGGAGCUGCAUGAGCGUCGUCGUCUUGUGCAGGAAAGGGCUAAAGCGCAGCAGGCAGCGAUUCUCUGGACAGCGCGGAAGUAUGCCAUGAUGGCAGGUCUGCUGAUGGCCAUCAUGCUGCUCGUCGUUUACCUGGCUGGCGAGCGCGAGGUCGCGGCCAAGUCGCUGCGUUCGGCUUAAACGCCUGAGGCGCUCGAUACUCGCAAGGCUCGGCGGUCGGGCAACUCACCUGUCACAUGUGACACACAGCCACAUGGCCUUGUAGCUGUGCGCGGCACCAUGCUGUGCGUGGUGCUGGUGGAGGACGCGGCGGUCGGGGCGUUUGCCUGCACUUUGGCUUUAUUGUGAGGUUUGAAGGGCGUUGAAAGUUGUCAGAACUUAGAGUCACCGAGAGCGUGUCAAACCCCAGAGAAUGGGACACUGUUUAAGGCAGGGGGACCAUUCCCUGCAAUGAUGGACAAGUGCAAGGUAUAGGCGCAGGUUGAUGACAACGGGGGGUUCAACAUGCGCAAGUGCUAAGGAAGCCACGUUUCGCGAUGAAAGAUUCAAACAUGUAUAUAGUUUUGCUAAACAAAUAGGUAUUGACACCAAGCGCUGCAAUUUUCGGAAGUUUGGGACCCCCCACUGUGUCCCAGCACGGAUCGGUCCCCGAAGGAAUGGGCCUUUUCCAGUCGAGACUUUACAUUUAGUUAGUGGGCCACUUUCGCUACAAUGCUAAAUGGUUGCUGACCUUGAUAUUUUAGGCUUAUAACGGUGAAUGCAUGUUGGUUAGCAGUCUGGGUGUUUGCCGCACUGAUGUCACGCCAGCUCGUGUGACCGGACACGGCGAGGGAUAGUGCCGGGAAAGCUGCCUAACGUCAGGGUUAGGGUUGUUGCGGCUGUCGGGUUUAGGGCAGUGUCAGUGCGGAACGGGUGCCUCCCGGGCCCCGGACGGUAAAAGGCUGAGUCAUUGCUAGCCUUACUUUGUUGUGCUUUACAAGUGUGAAGUACGUUGGAACGCAGUUUGUAGAUGCCGUUAUGACGCGGCUAAGGAUUUGCGUAUCCGGAUGAGGCGAUUCCCCCUUGGGGCGCCGUUGUUUGUGUGGUCACCAGCUCGAGACGACUUGUUCUGUCUCGAGCUCUCUGGUACGGCUUGCUGGUUAGCGAUUUCACAGACAGAACCCCGCUGCGCCUAUACACGGCCGGUGGUAAUACGCGUUUAACCAACAAGAGGUCUUACCAGAAUCGAUAUCUCGUCAACCUAAAUUAGUCUGUGCGCUCAGCAAGGGGCAGUGAGCCACGCAGCACCAGCUCGAGACAGAACAACGGAGCCGUCGGCGGCCCGUUAACCUGCCCUA